UAAUGUAGCUGCAGGAGAGAGAGAGAGCAGAGGCAGAGCGUGGAGGGAGAGGACGCAAAAUCCUCAUCUCUGCAUGGAGAUGAAAGAUAUUUCAUUCUCACACUGAGCAACAGGAUUUCUCUUCUUGGUGCCGACAUGUAUUUUGGUAACGUGUGUCACAGGGCUCUCCCGCAGCUUGCCCGUCCCACGCUGGGCAGGACCCCGCCCUCUGUAGACACCAAGUCCCUCCUCCCGUUUCACCUGCUGCCUGGAUUCAACGACAUGGAUCCCGUCCAUAAAGCUCUGAUUGGUCCAGGCUUCGGGUCGAUCUCACCUCUGAAGAGAAAGCCCAGUGCCUGCGGAGUGUGUCGACUGAGGAUCAACUCUGAAGUGCAGGCUACUUUCCAUUACAGUGGGCCCAAACAUGCAAAAAGGCUGAAAUCUCUUGAUGCCCCUGACUCAAAGAUCAGGGCCUCCGACCCCGUAGCCAAGGAAACCACAUCGCAAAUCCUCCCGUUGCUCUGCUCACAGCCCUUCAGCUCCGACACAACAUCAGGAGAAACAACAGCCUCAAACCUUUCCUCAGAGGUGUCGCCAUCCAGCGACAGCUCCACUGAAACUGUGAAAGCACACUCCGAGCCCUCCAUGUCACCCAGUCGGACGAGGCCAGAAAAGGAGACACAAGGUGACGGUGAGGCGGCGGUGACUCCAGAAGAGGAAACAGAAGAGGAAAAAGCUAAGCGUCUACUUUAUUGCUCCCUCUGCAAAGUGGCCGUCAACUCUGCCUCCCAGCUGCAGGCCCACAACAGCGGCACUAAGCACAAGACGAUGUUGGAGGCGAGGAGUGGGGAUGGAGCCAUCAAGUCCUUCCCGAGGAUGGGCGUCAAGGCCAAGUUGGCUGCACCAUCUGAGUCAACGACGGGACUCCAAAACAAAACUUUCCAUUGUGAAAUCUGUGAUGUGCACGUCAACUCUGAGAUACAACUCAAACAGCACAUCAGCAGCAGGAGACACAAAGACAGAGCAGCAGGCAAGCCAGCCAAGCCCAAGUUCAGCCCCUACACUCCCACCCAGCGUCACCAGAGUUUCCAGGCGAUUCGCCUCGCUCUUCAGAAGAACCAAGACAUGACCAAACCCCUGGCCUCGUGUCUACUACAGCGUCAACUCUCUGCCGCCACUGCUGCAAUGGCAAUGCUGCCCUCCUUCCCUCUCCCCCCUGCUUCAAACUCGUGCCCCGCCCUCUUUCAGAGUCAGCCCCUCCCACAGGCGCUGCUACAUCCGGCACCCAGACCCAGCAUCUGUUCCACACACACACCGCUUCUGUUUUCACCUUACUGACCAGGUUGAGAUAUCAGAAGGCUCUAAAGUACGGCCAAAAGAACACACACCCAAGACAGUGCUUACUGUUCUCAACUCAACAGCACGCACUGUGCAUGUGAUGGACCAGGAAGGGAUAUUAUUGGCUGGGACCAAAUCCAUGAGGCAGCUUAGGAUGGAGGAAAAACAAAGCAGUGAGAAAAGAGUGUUUUCUGAUAUGUGUGUGUGUGUGUGUGAGAUCUGAAAGAGGGCAUGAGGCUUUGUCUGCACAUGGUUAUCGAAUGAAAUUUGCAUAUGAUAACUAAAAAAGUAUGGGGAUAAAAUUAUGUAAAAAUAUCAGGCUACUGACUUGUCAGACACACAUGUAUUCAGGUUCCAAUGAAAACUAUUUAAGUCUACGUUAAUUUUGACAGCAAUGUAUCACCCCCCCCACUCCCUUUUUUACCACACUUAUCAUAUGGGUCCUCUUAACUUCCCUGCUGACUUUAACUGUGUGUGUAUGACUGCCGAUCAGAGCAUGCUUGACUGAAUGUUCACUAUUUUGCAAUAAACAAUACCUGUGGCUAUA